AUGAGGCAUCACGUACUAGCGGCGAAAAAAUUUCAACGUGUCACUACUGAAUCUGAAUGGAAUAGCCCAUGGAAACCACGAAAACUAACCGUUCAUGUCGUACAAAAGCAAAGGGCAGAACUUCUUGGAUUCCUUAAAGACACACCCGGAUACGCUUACAAGGCUGAUAUGGUCACCUUGACAUGUAGUAAAUCGAUGAAUCAGGAUUCCUACAAUGAACUUAACGCCGAUCCAAAUCCAUGUCGACCUCCACGCUUGCUGACCGUGAAUCGAGAACACCUGGCUUCACAGCGGAUCCCCAUCUCCUCCCAGUGGCUUAGAGUGCGCCCGGGAGACAAAAAAAAUUGCUACUGUCACUGUUUCGCCAUCCUUCAAGGCCUCAGAAGUGUGACGACACAUGAUUUUACACGGCAUGGGCCACCGAAUUGGCUCCGACGUCGUAAAGGAUGUCGGGUGCAGCAAGAAAAGUCGUCCAUCCUCAAGAUUGCUCCAAGGAACAUACCAGUUUCAUUGCCAUUCGCUUAA